AUGACCUUGGAGGAGGCCAAGGAAACACCCGACGUCGUAUCUGGUAUGUUCCCUAUCAACGAUGUGUAUGCACAUGUAUUAUUUGAUUCGGGUGCGAAUGGUAGUUUUGUGUCUACUGCCUUCUGUCACUAUUUGAAUAGGAGUGCCUGUAGACUAGACAAAACCUGCACUGUAGAAACAGCCGACGGUAGUCAGUGUAAGGUUGACGAAGUAUUUGAUGAAUACACGAUUGUGAUAGAUGGGAAGGACUUCCCUGUUAGGUUUAUGCCAAUGUGCCUAGGAGGUUUGGACGUAGUCUUGGGGAUGGAUUGGCUGUCCAACAAUCAUGCGCAAAUAGUAUGCAAUAAAAAGAUGAUCAAGAUUCAAACUCCGGAAGGAGAAACGAUCCGGGUUUACGGUAAUCGAAAGAAGGGUUGCGUAGGGUUGAUCAAUGCAAUUAAGGCGAACAAGUGUCUGCRGAAGGGUUGUGUGGCUUACUUGRCAUACGCCAUCAACGCCAAACUCGAAAAGAAGCUGCUUCUCGAAAAUCGAUUUGAGAUCAGGUUACCAUCAGUUGAAGGUUCGAGAAGAAGACGUGUCGAAGACCGCUUUUAG